AUGAUUGACUCGUAUCUCUGGAGCAAAGGGACUACGGCGUUGAACUCAUCACAUCCGUCCAACUGGAGUAGUUCCACGACCCAACGUACAGUCGGAUUCUUCGGGCAGAAGCAGGCUUACAUGGCCUGCGUCUUUACGUUUUACUUGGUACAUGAGCGCAGCUUCCAAACGCGUUUUGCAUACUACCAGCUUCCGUUCCAGUUGACGGUCCUCUCGGUCGUUGUCGCUGUGCUGACCAUGGCGUUGGUCUUGGAGAGGCUCACAUCAGCGGUUUUAGCUAUAUGCAAAAGGCAUAUAUUGGUGACGCUCCGGAGUCCUUUGACGACGAUUAUCGAGAUAUGUUAUCCCGCUAUGGCCACGGCGGUGUUGUUGAUGUUGAGGUCGAGUGACUCGGACAAGCCCAAGCAAAAUACCUUGAGGGCCGGGUCUGGGUCGGAGUAUAUUUGUUGGUCUACCAUAUGGGCUACAGUCUUCCUAAGUUCGAAUCUGAAGUUUGUUCAAACGGUAAUGGAGGAGAAAGAGAGUAAGGUGCGAGAGUUUAUUCAGAUAUACGGAGCUUCCGAGACAGCCUAUUGGGCGAGUCAUUACCUGUCCAUUGGUCUGUUUGCGGUUGUGCAGUCGCUGUUGGUGUGUGCAGUCACAAUGGCAUUUUUGGGGUUGUCUGGCGUCAACAACGGUUUUGUGACCUACGUCUCGCUCUUUUGCUUGAUCGUUUGCUUCGAAGUCAGCUGCGUAUCAACAGGCAUCCUAGCCACCUCAUUUACAGAUAGUGCGCGCGCAUCACUCUUCAUCUUCGGCACUGUCUACAUUGUCAUGAUGGUACCCUACCUCAAGGCCGUACACGACGUCGAACGCGGAGAUUCAUCCCGUAUUGGGGGCUGGGAUAUGUUCAUGUCGCCACAGAGUGCCCUCGUGUGCGGCCUCGACCAACUCCUUGGCGGCUUCAUCAGCCCGGCCGCCUACGACUACGAAGACAUCAGUCGUUGUGACACACCUCAGGCCGUACUCUACCUCCUUUAUCUUCUUGACGGCUUGGUGUAUGCCAUGCUGGGCUGGUACCUUCACCAAAUCCGCCCCGGCCAAAUGGGCAUUCCCAGACGCUGGGAUUUCAUAUUCCGAUCCUCCUAUUGGAACAAAGCAGAAGCCCUCCAACCCCGCAGGAAGGUCUGGGCCCAAGCACAGGUCUUUGUCCCUCCACAAAACCAGUCAGACCUCUUUGAACCAGAUGACAACGACCUACCACGACUCGGACACACCUCCAGCCGCCCUCCCUCACGAGAGACACUUACGCCCGGCCGCCCGCCAACUGACCAACUCGCCACCUAUCCAAGCCUGGGCCGGCUAGAUGAGAAUGUCGCCGCACACACAAACCGACCUCUACACAUUGGUACGCAUACAAGACCUGCCAAGUCCAACGAGUCGACCAUCGCAGACCUGGUCCGCGACACCGUUGGAAAUGAGAACGUCAACGGUAUCAACCUCAACCCACAGUAUUCUCAGGUACACGGGUCGGAAGUGAACGGGCGGAAUAUUCAGGGUCUGAAAACGAGUGCGCUGAACACGAGCGCGCUGGACACGAGUGCGCUGAACACGAGCGCGCUGAAUGCGAGUGCGCUGAAUGCGAGUGCGCUGAAUGCGAGUGCGCUGAAUGCGAGCGCGAGUCUGAAUAUGUUAGGUCGGAGCGGCGGUCGCAUUUCUACCACUCAAUCGCCGGGCCCGAGUAUACGGGGUACGCGCGAGCGGUCGAAGCAGGGUCCAGCGCCAGGUACGCCACGGAUGCCGUUGAUAAUAGUGGAUCAGGUGCAUAAGAUUUACGUUACGAGGCGUGUGAGCUGGCAGCGGCUGAAGAACUGGGUGAAGCGGAAGUUGGACAUCGGGCUGAUCCAGCCUCCUUCGGGGCAGCAUGUGUUGAAAGGAAUCUCAUUUCGGGUAUGCGCAGGGCAGCUUGUGGUUUUCAUGGGGCGCAAUGGAUCGGGCGCGAGCACGUUACUGUCGAUAAUUGGCGGUCUGCAAGACGCAACUUCGGGAAACGUGUUCAUUUCCGGGCAUGAUAUACACCGUCACGUUUCAGCUGCAAGACGCCGCAUCGGUUAUUGUCCACAAACCAACUUCUUCCUGGACCGUAUGACAAUCGGUGAACAAAUGAGCUUCGCUGCCACACUGAAAGGCGUACCCCGACACAUAGCCAACUGUGACAUUGAGGUCACACUCAGAAUGCUGGAACUCUACGACAAAAUCGACUGGCUCCCCCACAGACUCUCACACGGCGAAAAGAAACGUGUAGCCAUCGCAAUGGCGCUUAUUGGCAACCCCCGAUGCAUUGUUAUCGACGAUCUUAGUACUGGCUUGGAUGUCCUUUCACGCCGAGUCAUUUGGCGCACUCUGCGCGAACUGAAGCAAAACCGCGCUAUUGUCGUCAGCACACACUGCCCUAACGAAGCUGACUUCAUCGCAGACAAAUUGGGAGUACUCGAAGGCGGCACUCUCAAGGCACUCGGUAGUCCACUCUUCCUCAAAACACGCUUCGACGACGGCUACUGUCUUUCACUCUACGACAGCGGAAGAAUCGAAAAUCUGAGCUCCAAGUUAUUGUCUGUCAUUGGCGACUAUUCCACUGAUAUCGUACCCGCAUCCGCGUACGGGAUACAGCUAUCCUACAAGCUACCUUAUAAGUGCACAAGACAUAUACCUACCAUUCUUCAAAUCCUUGAACAAAAACAAAA